AUAUUCGAUUAAUGACAAUUUUAUCAUCACUCAUCAUAAAUAAACAAUUAAUAGUGCUACAAGUUGGACACCGAUUUGUGAUACAUGCAUAAUAAACACUUGCAGUGAAUAUUUGGUGUGUGGAUUAAAAUAAAAAAAGUUCAUUUAAAAAUGCUAAUAUUUUUGGGAAUGAUAAUGAUAAUAAAGUAAAAAUCAAAAACGAUUAUGCAAAAUGAACGUACAGUGAAGCUGACUGAUUUAUGUUGGGAUGAUAUAAUUUUUCCUCGUAUUUUAAAUUUGUUAACAUUUCAUGAUUUAUUUAAUAUGAGAUGUUGUUCACAAUUGUAUAAAGAAUUAAUUGAUCAAUAUUUUGCGAAAUAUGUACUUCAUUUGGAUUCGAAAUAUUUUACUAAACAACAAUUUUUGACACUAUUGGAAUAUUGUCAAAAUAUUCGACGUAUAAAAUUGGACAAUGUUGAUUAUGUAUCAAAUGAUAUAUUAGCACAAUUUUUUGAAAACAACAAGAAUAUUGAAUUUUUAACAAUAAUUGGAUGUAAUAAUAUCAGUGAUCAAGCAUUAAAACCAGUUAUAUAUCAUUUUAAAAAACUAACGAAAAUAUGUUUAAUUGAUUGCAAUUGGAUUUCAGAAGGCUUUCUAGAUUGUUUCAUGCAACAUCAUAAAACAAUUGAACACUUUCAUUUGGGUGGCAGUGGUAACAUUAGUUACAAUUGUAUUAAACGUUUAAUGGUACAAUAUAAAUGUAAAAAUAUGGCUGAAAAUUGUAAUGGCAUUUAUAUACAUAAUUUAGAAUAUGUGAAUGUGAGAUGUGCUGUGACAUUUUUAUUAAUAUUUUAA